GGUUGAUUCCCGGCAAAUAUAUUGAACUUCAUAUAUCUCAACCCUUUCUUCGAUACAUCUGUCAUAGUCAUUGAAGACUCCAGGCGGACAACUAAUUGAACAGCCCGGCCACGAAGCAAACUUUUCCGAUAAAAGCCCGUGGGAUUUGGCUACCCUGACCAUCCUCCGAUUAAAUGACGGUGCUGUUUACAAAAAGGGAGACAGAUGGUAACAACCUCCUGGGAUUAAUUCAGGCCCGCCAUGAAACCCAGGACAGCGAAUGGAAUACAUGGCUGAAGCCUGCAAGGUUCAGGUUCCUUCGGUGGUUGCCUCUUCAUUUUGGAUGGAUAGAUGGGGGAGGUUCAUUGAAAUGGCGUACGAUCAGACUGUUUUCAACUUUACAGCCGCGGAAGACAUAAGAAACACCAAACUGGACAAGGGAUGUUAAUAUCAAAGCCAAUACCAUACCAAGUCUAACUUGAGAUAGUUUUGGGAGCGUGAGCUCAAUCAUAUGUUCGAAUUUCGAAGGGCAAUCUUUGCAGAGUGGGGCCCGAAGGUUGGAUCUCGUGACUGGGAAGUGGUUAUGGACUUUAACCGUAAAUCAAAUAACAUGAAUACGCUGCGCCUCCUUUUUUACCCAACCCCAGAGGAUAACAACAAUGGGGAUCUGGUCGGAAAAUACCUCAGGUUGGAUUCGAAAUGGUUCAGCAUAUGGGCACUCCCUCAGCUCCAGAGCCCGCUCCAAGCCGUUUCCAACAAGAAGACCAGGGUCCCUAGCACGGGUCUCCGAUAUCGAAUACCAUGUCUCUUGCGAUUCUCGGGCUGGAAGCUCGAGCCUGAAAUACCCCGCUUGAUAUGUUUAGAUCUCCUCUUUCGCCUACAAUGCUAAUGCAAAUUUCAGGAAGGACUUCUUACAACUAUGCAGGGAUGUUGC